GUUUACAAAUCAGCAGACACUCCGACACAGCAGAAAUGAGGAGUCCCGCAUGAUCCUAACAGUUUCCACCACAUCGGCACCAAGCUGACCGCCAGCGGGGGCUUCUUCUGAUUGGCCAAGUAUUCACAUGCUGAGUGUGAAGAAACAUCCCUUUCUUCUGAGUCUUGGCUGAGGAGAAUCACAAGGCUGUGACAGUCCGGUUGGGUUGUGGUCAUGCAGCACCCCAAUUUUGAGACCCGCCACCCGCUCCAGACAGACGAGCAGCAGGAGACAGGCUUUGACCCUCUACACAACUUUAACAAGAACCGCAGCAGAGGCUCUCUUGACAGCAGCACUUACUCACAGUCUCAGUCAACCUUCCUCUCAUACAGAAAAGAAUGGGACGACUUGUUCCUCAACAGUAAUUACCUGGCCAGGAUCCGGCAGGCAGGCAUCAACGGCCGACUGAGGAGCAGCCGCUUUCGGAGUGUGUGCUGGAAGUUGUACCUGGAGGCUCUUCCAGAAGACAAGGGUCAGUGGAUCAACAAGACGAAGGAGCUCCGAGCCCAGUAUGAGAAGAUCAAAGAGACGCACAUCACUAACCCUCGCAAAGCUGCAGGCCAGCAGGACCUGGUGGUCAACAACCCACUGUCCCAGGACGAAGGGAGCCUGUGGAACAAGUUCUUCCAGGAUAAAGAGCUGAAGGGGAUGAUCAAACAAGAUGUACUGAGAACGUUCCCAGAGAUUCGUUACUUUCAGGACGAGGAUGUCAGGACCAAGCUGACGGACAUCCUCUUCUGUUACGCCAGAGAAAAUGAACAGUUACUGUAUAAGCAGGGGAUGCAUGAGUUGCUGGCUCCCAUAGUGUUUGUCUUACACUGUGACCAUCAAGCCUUCCAGCAUGCCAGUGAGACAGCCAGUCCCAGUGAUGAGAUGAAGUGUCUGUUGAACCCACUGUACCUUGAACAUGAUGCCUAUGCCAUGUUCUCCCAGCUGAUGGACACAGCAGAGCCCUGGUUCUCCAGCUUUGAGAGGGAAAUACGCAGGGGUAAGGAAGAAAUGUUGACCAGCAUCCCAUUUGCCCGGCCCCAGGACUCAGGGCCAUCUGUUGCCAUAGUGACCAAAGUCAACCGCAUCCAGGACCAGCUGGUGAAGAAGCAUGAUGUGGAAUUGCACAUGCAUCUUAACCGCCUGGAAAUCGCUCCACAAAUCUAUGGCAUACGGUGGGUCCGCCUGCUGUUUGGUCGUGAGUUUCCCCUUCAGGACCUGCUGGUGGUGUGGGAUGCCUUGUUUGCUGAUAGUAUCACUCUUGACCUGGUGGACUACAUCUUUGUGGCCAUGCUGCUCUACAUUCGAGAUGCUCUCAUUGCAAGUAACUUCCAGACCUGUCUGGGCCUGCUCAUGCACUACCCUCCAAUAGGAGACAUCAACUCUCUGCUGCAAAAGUCUCUUUUCCUCAGAGAUCCCAAAAAUAAUCCUCGACCUGUCAACUACCAAUUCCAGCAGAACCUAGACUACUACAAAACCAGGGGAGCUGACCUGAUGAAUAAGACACGGUCUGGUUCCACCUCUAAAGCAGCCCCUCUUAAUAUCAACAAGGUCUCCAGCAGCCUGCUCAACUUCGGCAGGAAACUCAUCUCCCCGGCCAUUUCAGGAGGAUCUGGAGGCAUCUCGCCAAUCAACACUGAGGUACACUCCUCUUCCUCAUCUUCCUCAUCCACUUCCCCCGCCUCGGCCCCCGUGCCUGCCAUGCCCCAUCCGCUGGCCGAACCUCCGUCAGGGCACGCCCCGCCGCAGAGCCACAGCCACGCCCAGACCCAGCACUACCGCCUGCUCAAGUCUGAGAGUAUGCCAGUCCACCUCAGCAAAGAUAUAGGUUCAGGUGGAGUGUCUCAGGUCUCUCCCCCAGCCCAGACUCAUACUGACACACAAGGCCAAAGCUCACAGACAGUUAGCUCCUCCCCCAGCAUAGAAAGCCUCACUGGGGGGCGUGCUCUGUCCACAGCAUCCCCACCCCUCCCGCCAUCCCGAGGGAGUGAUGUCAGCACAUCAUCUCCGCCCCUCUCUGCUACCAAGAAGGAGUCUUUCUUCAACAUCACUCGCUCACGUUCUCACAGUAAAACCAUGGGCAAGAAAGAGACGGAAGAGGACCUGGAAGCCCAGGUAUCUUUCCUACAGGGUCAAAUCAAUGACCUGGAGGCAAUGAGCAAAUACUGCGCCAAGAUGAUGAACACCCACAUCUGUAAGAUCCAAGAAGUGAUACUCCAAGAAAACUUGGAAAAAGAGGAUGAAGUCUUGGUGUCACUGGCUGGACUCAAACAAAUCAAAGACAUCCUGAAGGGGGCGCUGCGCUUCAACCAAAGCCAACUGGAGGCUGAGGAGAACGAGGAGAUCACCAUCGCUGACGAUCACUACACCUCCAUGGCAGCCGCAGCGGAAACUGCUCUGAGCACCAACAAUCACCACGGCGACCACCAGCAGGGCAACAGCCAACGUAGCCGAGAGUCUGACUUUGACGGCAGCAUGAGCACGGACGAGAAAGAGGAAGAGGAGCAAGCGAUGACCCCGCCCGAGCAACAGGUGGCGUCUUCUCUUGGUUCGGAGGGUAAGAACUGGGACGACUACAUCCUAGUGUCUCAGGAUGGAGACCUAGCGGGAGGAGGGGAGAGGUCUGCAUCCGACCGCACCCCGCCUAUCAGACGAGGUCGCGGCUUGGUGAGAAUGGAGCCCGAGGGCGCGGCGGGGACCUUCCAUGACCCUCUGAUGGCUGGCACCACCUCAGGCUCCUCCAGUCCCGACGAGGGAUCCACCCACAGCAAGGACUCCGACUUCACCAUCGUCAACCCUAGCGACCUGUGAAUGCGCCCCUUCUCCUGUCUCCUACCUGUUUCAUGUCCCACUCAGAGGGUGCGAUUAAACAACACUGACUUGGGAUCAGAGGGAGGGAUCUGCGGCUUUCGGUGGAGCUGCGGUUGGCUGAAAAAUUGCACAUGUAGACUAUGACACUUUGCUGGCUAAAGGAGGAGAGCCAGCCAAGUCCUAAAUACCUUAUACUCUGUCUCUUUAACUGUCAUCUGUGCCAUUUCUGUCUAAGCCGAAGCUGUAUAUUAUCUCUUAUACUUAAUGCCUGUCUCUUUAUUAUGUUGGGCCCUCUGCGGGUACCAUCCGACCUCACCUGUCACUCCUGAUGUUUAACUGUAAUUGCCCGCUCUGCAGAGAGAGGGAGCCAUCGAACUGUUUACCCUGUCACUACAUGAUCACGCUGAAGAGUUGGACCUUAAUCUGCUAUUUUACUUUCGCUCCAAUUACUGUACUGAUGUGAGUGUGAUACUGUUUCUUUCUGAAUGUGAACAUCUGUGUCAUACCUCUGCCUGUUUUCUGUUCGUCUUAUGUCCAAGUCCGGAAAGAGGAACUUCUCUUUUCUCAUACUCAAAUGAAAGCCUGUGGAUGACUCACACCCUACCCCCCCCAUCCUGAACCAGUGCCUCUGAUAAUUCUUGUUCACUCAACCAAACAAAACCUGAAUCUGUGACUUUCUUUUUGUUUGUUAGAUUUGUGUUUUGUUUGAUCUUUUUUUUUUUUUUUUUUUUUAAGAAAAUAUUUUUAACCCUUAGACCUUUUUAGUUUUACAGAGAAAGAUUAUUAAAUUAUGGAGUAAGCCUGUUUUCCUAUAUUUUAGAAACUGAUUCCAAUGUUGAUGUUCUAAUGUGACAGUUUUCAUUUACAGCUAAGUUUGUGUGUCCUGUGGAAACCAUGGUUAACAGUGCGCACAAAGAAUGUCCCAUUCGCUGUCCAUCCAGCAUAAAUAACUCUAGACCAAUAAAGCGACAUUGCUCUUGCUUUA